AUGGCUGAUGAGCAAAUAAAGGGUGGAGAUUAUUUUCUGAGACUUCACUGCAGGCCUGCUGAGAAGAAAACAAUGCUGAAGAUAGAGUUGAUGCCAUACUGGAACCUCAGUGUCACUGUGUUGAGGGGAACAUUCUGUCAGUCAUAUGAUGUUUUGUCCAAAAAUGACUGCUACGUCACGUUAAAGUUACCCACGGCCAGUGCCUGCUGUCACCGCACCAAGACUGUGAAAAAUAGUAAUGAACCAAAAUGGAAUGAAACUUUCCAUUUCAGAGUGCACAGUGGUAUUAAGAACAUUCUGGAAUUCCACAUGUUUGAUGCUGACAAAUUAACGAAAGAUGACCAUUUAUCCACCAUCCUUUUCGACAUCAGUAACCUCACACCUGGACAAAAGCAGACCAAAUGCUUCAUGUCAGAUGACGAGAGAAAGGGUGCACUGUGGGUAGAGUUUGAGAUGACUGUGAGCUCUGAGAAGCCUAUACCAUACUUUUCUAACGGAGUGCUGAUGGCAGGUCCAUUCUGUGCACUGGAUGUGAAGUUGCAAAAACAUCUGAAGACAAAUGCUGAGAACAAGAUGAUGUUAAGACUGCGCGGCGCAUAUAAGGAAGACUGUAUGAUCCUGAGCUCUGAUGAAAACUCAAACUGCUUGCAGAACACGUGCUUCUACAUCAACAGAGAUCUGGAGACUGAGUUUAGUCUCUUACCCCCAAAAGCUGGGGCAGAAAUGGAUGAGAAAUAUGCAAAUACUGCAGACAUUUUGUCAUCUGUUCCUAUGAAACCUUUAUCGGCCAAACAGCAAAUGAAACUCUCCAUGCCUAUUGCACAGGGUGAAGUGCAUCUAGAACUGAACACAGAGGAUUGCUUAGAUGAAGAAAUGGAUGUGCGUUUGGAAUUUGAUAUUCCAGUGGAGGAGAAGAAUUUUCUGCUGAAGAGAAGAAAAGUUGUUUCACAAGCUCUUCAGAAAGCUCUGAAUCUCGGCUCUGCACCAGAUCCCAGCAAGGUCCCACUGGUUGCUGUAGUGUGCUCUGGAGGUGGGACCAGAGCGAUGACAGCCACAUUCGGAGGCCUAAGAGCUCUGCAAACGCUCCAACUUCUUGAUGCAGUCAGUUACAUCACAGGGGUUUCUGGGUCUACCUGGACUAUGGCUUCACUUUAUAGUGAUGCUAACUGGUCAAACAGUGACCUAAAUGUGGCUAUGGAGUCUGUAAAAAAGGAGAUCUCUAAAAGUGUGUUUAGUGUAUUUUCACCUGAGCAGCUACAGCACUACAAAGAGAAGAUGGAGGAGCGAGAGAAACAAGGACACCUUGUAUCUCUCAUAGACAUGUGGGGUCUGGCUAUAGAGUACCUCAUCCAUGGAAAGAAAAAAUUGGGUACACUAUCAGACCAGCAGAUGGCACUGUGUAAUGGCCAGAACCCACUUCCCAUCUACACAGCUCUCAACAUGAAGAACGGCAAGACGGGAUGUAUCAUAGAGACUGAAUGGUGUGAGUUCACUCCAUAUGAGGUGGGAUUUACCAAGUAUGGCGCCUUUAUACCUGCACAAAACUAUGGGAGUGAAUAUUACCUCGGUCACAUGGUCAAGAAACUCCCUGAAGCUGGAAUAUACUCUCUGUUGGGAAUCUGGAGCAGUGUUUUCUCUUUGAGUCUGACUCAGCUUUGGACUGUCGUGACUGGAGUGAUUCCCUCCUGGGCCAGCAAGGUUGGGGAAGAAGUGAACCACACAGACACGGACAACAAACCAUCAACAUCGAACACGCUUCAUGUCAACCCUAUGACUGAACUGGCAAAAAAGCUAAGCAACUUUUUAACCAGCCGCCCCAUUAUCAGCCAAGUGUUCAACUUCCUGAGAGGCUUCCAACUGCACAGGAACUACACUGAGAACUGUGACUUCACCGCAUGGAAAGACACACAUCCAGACGCUUUCCCGAACUCCCUGACACCAGCAGAUGCCACACUUGGUCUGGUGGACUCUGCUUUUGUCCUCAAAUCUGGAUUUCCUCCUGUGUUACGCUCUAAUAGACUCGCAGAUGUUAUUCUUUCUCUCAACUAUGCUUGGGACUCAGACCACUUCAAGAUCUUAAAGGAAACUCAGGAGUACUGCAGGGAGCACAAGACUGUAUUUCCAAACAUCGAUUUCAAAAAGUUGGAGACUGAGCCAAUCAGGGAAGUGUAUGUGUUUGAAGAUGAAGAGAAUCCAGAGGUUCCCAUAGUGCUUCACUUUCCCUUAAUCAAUGUCUCAUUCAAACAGUUCAAAGCUCCAGGAAAGAGGCGAGAAGGUAAAGUGGAGAUGAAGGAAGGAGAUUUUGAUGUUGACUUCACCAGAAUGUUCUGUCCAUUCUCCACUCUCAAUCUUACCUAUGAGCCUGAAAAUUUCCAGAAACUGUCCAGCCUCACCACCUACAACAUUCUGAACAACAAAGACGUAAUUUUAAAUGCCUUCAAAAAAGCACUUAAGAGAAACAAAGAGAAAAAUCUUAUUACAACAAACGUGUCAAAAUUCUAGCUUUGACUUUUAGUCAGGCUUUGCAGCAGGAGCAAUUGGAGCAACUGAUGUUCAUAUAUCUACUUAUAAAAUGAUGAAUUAUAAGCAUAUUUCAAUCAAAAAUGCCAUUGUUCAUCAUCAUAAUCAUCCGUGGAAAUGCUCUUCUGUGGAUUGUCCUUCAACAUUGACAUUCAUAUUAAACUGAACUGAAUCAGGUUUAAUCUAUACCAGCAUUAUACUAUACUCUGUUUUCUGCUUGAUAUGCUAUGAUUUUCCAUAAUCUGAAAUGUUGCCAUGGCUUUUAUUCUUAAGAAAUAAAGGUGACUUGACAUAUAAACCUA